AUAAAAGUGGAACGUGAACGAGAUAAAACAGAUGCACAAUAUAGAAAACGACACGAGAAGGGGUCGACCGAGUACGUGUUGUUAACAUUACUCAAGCCCGGUAAGUAUUACGUGAACGACACGAGAAAGCGCAUUUCUCUAGUGGGUCUUGAAGUGGAAAGUGGGCACGGGGUCUUCAGUUUCGGUAGUCCCACAACAUCAUCAGGAAGGAUACCACGUCUCGCAAGGAACAUUAGAAAUAUUACGCACCAUGACUAGCCUACUUAAUACGCUGUUACUGCUAUCGUCCCUCGUUUCCAUUGGACGGUCAGAAUCAUUUUUAAACGCAAUAAAGAACUAUGGACCAUCGCCGGAAGUUUUAAAUAGAAUCGACCCGAACAACAAAAAAUAUGACUUCAUCGUGGUGGGUGCUGGAUCAGCUGGGUCGGUAUUAGCCAACCGUCUCUCAGAGAACAAAAAAUGGAAUAUUUUGUUGUUGGAGGCAGGAGGGCCCGAAAGUCUCCUUCACCAAGUGCCAAUCCUCGUUGGCUACUUUCAACUGUCCAGCUUUAAUUGGGGCUACAAGGUAGAACCUCAGACAAACGCUUGUUUAGGAAUGAUCAAUCGACAAUGUUCCUGGCCACGUGGCAAAGCCCUCGGUGGAACGAGCACCCUUAAUUAUAUGAUCCACACUCGGGGAAACAAAUUGGAUUACGAUAUCUGGGCUGCGUUGGGGAACGAGGGUUGGUCGUACAAGGAUGUGUUACAUUAUUUCAAGAAAAGCGAAAAAUUCGACGUUCCAGGCAUCAAGAAUUCCACGUACCAUGGGGACAAAGGUUACCUGUGCGUGCAGUACGUGCCUUAUCACACAGAGCUAGCCAAGGCAUUUCUGAAAGCUGGAAGACAACUAGGCUAUCAGAUCGUCGACUACAACGGCGAGGACCAAAUUGGAUUCUCUUACAUCCAAGCGAAUCUGGAUAAAGGAACCAGAUGUAGCGCUUCGAAAGCGUACCUCCGGGUGAAUAGAUCGAAUCUAAACAUCGUCACAGGUGCCACAGUCACCAAGGUGUUGAUAAACGAGAAAAAUCGCACUUACGGCGUGGAAUACACGAGAAACAACCAAUCCAAAAGGGUAUUUUGCUCUAAAGAGGUGAUCCUCUCUGCUGGCACCAUAGACUCUGCCAAACUACUAAUGUUAUCCGGUAUAGGACCUAAGGAUCACCUGGAAGAACUCGGGAUCAAAGUGAUCCAAGACUCCAAAGUGGGAUACAGCAUGUACGAACACGUUGGUUUCCUAGGUCUGACCUUCCUGGUCGAUCAACCAGUGUCGUUAUUGCAAAGUAGACUAGCCAGGCCCAGUGUGUUUAUAGAAUACAUUCUGCAUGGAGACGGUCUGAUGUCGCUUCCGGGAGGAGCGGAAGCUUUAGCAUUCAUCAGGACUAAGUAUGCUCCUGAUAGUAGACCGGACGUGGAACUUUUGUUUGCCUCAGGAUCUUUGCACUCGGACGGAGGUCUGCCUUUGAAAAAGGCCCUCAGGAUAUCCGACGAAUUGUAUGACACUGUUUACAAACCGAUAGAGAACCAGGACGCAUGGUCCAUCUGGCCCAUCGUACAGAACCCAAGAAGCGUUGGGAGGAUCACUCUGAAGUCAAAGGAUCCUUACGAACCACCUAGGAUGGAACCAAACUUCUUCACCCAUCCUGCUGAUAUAGAAAUCAUUUUGGAGGGGAUCAAACACGCUAUCAAUAUCUCGAAGACACAACCGUUCCAGAAAUACGGUAGCCGAUUACACGAUAUCAAGAUUCCUGGAUGCAGAACGUUUCAGUUCGCUAGCGAUGAUUAUUGGAGAUGCGCUAUCAAACAUCUGCCUUCCAUGAUGAAUCAUGAAAUUGGUACCGUGAAAAUGGGACCAAAGGAUGAUGCAUACGCGGUUGUGGAUCCGCGGUUGAGGGUGUAUGGUGUUCAAGGAUUAAGGGUCGCGGAUGCAUCGAUCAUGCCUGCCAUGCCUACUGGGCACGUGAAUGCUGGUAUUUAUAUGAUCGGAGAAAAAGCGGCUGAUAUGAUCAAACGAGACUGGCAAUGAACUUGUAUACUCCUUUUAUGAGUAGAAUUAUUAUUUCAUGAAAUACUCAGGUAUCCGUAAGUAAUGUUA